GCUCACAGUCCCUCCCGGCUGGGCGAUGGCACGGAGGUCUUGGCGCCCGACAAGGAGCAUGGGCUUCAUCGUGGCCAGAUCGUCGACGAGUAUGCCGAGGGGCAAGCGCUGCCCCCAGGCUACCGCGUGGUAGAGCUGAGGUCUGGCAAGGCCUUCGCGUUACCCGAGGCCCGGCUGAUUCCCUGGCCAGGUUAUCCUCAGCGGCUUCUGGCCGGUUGCCAAGGCUCCAGCAAGCAGACGCCAAAUCUGCGCUGUGCUGUCUGGCGCUGCGAGAUUUGGACGGAAGGUCUGUUCUCGCUCCUCUUCUGGGCUCUCGGAUGGUUGGAGGCGGAGGCGGCGGCGUCUUCGCAGGCUACAAACCUCCUCAUUGAUUGGACUGACCCACGGAUCCUCUUGCACGGCGGCGGCGAGAGGUACGCAAACAAUGCCUGGAAUCACUUCUUCGAGCAGCCUGCUGGAGAGGGCAUUUCCAUGCAGUCCCUCGAGGCCGCAUCUGACGACGGCCGCCUCAAGAUCGUCGUUCGAUUCGGAAUGCCAUGGUUCAAGAAGUUUGGGGAGUUCCGUGGAGCAGAUGAAGGCAACGGCGACGUCCAAGGAAUUCGAGGUGGUCGCGUGGAUGACGCGGCGGCCCGGGCGGGCCGGGCGGCCAUGAGGCGGUGGGUUCGAGUCCGCCCGAACAUUCGACAGCGCGUCGAAGCAUGGUGUGAUGCACAGCAGGAGGACGUGGCUCGAUCGCUUGCGGCGCACAUCCGCCGCACAGACAAGCUCGAGCAGUGCAGAUCGAACCAAUGGUCGGAGAAGGAGUUGGCAAUGCAGAUCCGCGGGUUCUGUUCCAGCCUCGCCCUGCCCUGCGUGUUCCUGUGCAGCGACGAUGUGUCACUGAAAGGGCAGCUCGCAAGACAGCUUGGCCGUGACGGCCUGCGGGUCCUUAGCUUCGACGCUCUGUUGUCCUCAGGUGGUCUCCCUUCACACAAAGAUGAGAAGCUGGACCGCCGGCAGAAUGCCGAGGAUGUGCUGGUGGAGGUGUUGAUCAUGUCUCGAUGCGCCGCACUGCUGUCGACGUACAGCAACGUUAGCGUCGCAGCUGUUUACUUCUCCGAGCCCGGUUUCCCCUUCUUCAUGUUCGGCGACGGCCUUCCGGAGGGCUCCCGGGCCGCGCCCGUUGCAUCCUACGGAGGCUUCCGAAGCUCUCGCGCCUGCUACUGCAGAGUGGCCUGUCGAGUUCGAGCAUGGCAGUCACGCAGGCGAAGAUGCGGCCGCCAGCCAGCGUUCGAGAGUUCAACGAAAAAGAUGCAGCUUCCUACUUCAGUGCUGAGGUGCCAAAGAAGCAGUGGUGCGGAGCUGCAAUUGCCGUUGCCACAGGACUUUGUGCAGGGAGCCAUCUUUUUCACGAGCCCGCACACCGGCGAUUUGGUGCGUCUCGACUGUAAGGCGGAUGGAUGCUCCAAGCCGCUUGCAAUCGCUGCAGGUCUUGAAACGUAUAGCGGGCUUGUGCCAUGGAGCGGGCAUCUUGUGGCCGCCACAAAAACCCACAAGCUCGUCCAAGUGGACCCGUGGUGUCAGGACAGCUCCUGCCCGUUGAAGACGCUGGUGGAUGUGGAGCAUGCUCUUGGUGAGCUCAUGGGUCCUCACGGGAAUUUCAGCCUUGGUGGCAUCACUUGGUGUCAGGACUCGCUGUUCGUUGUGUUCGGGGCAGCGACGCACCCAGGGCCCAGUGGUGUAAUGCGCUGCGCCAACUGUUCAGUGGGGCAUGAUUGCACGUCUAGCUGCUCGCUAGUCGAUGGUGGAAAAGCCGCCGGCAAAGGCUCUCAGGAGCUCUCGGGUUUCGCAGCGGGCAUCGCUUGCAUGGGCGAGCGCGUUCUUGUUACCGACAACAGCAACUUCCGAGUGCAGGCGAUCCCGGCCGGAUGUGCAAAAGCACCAUGUGAGAUCGAGACUUUCGCGCAGGGACUAAAGUGGCCUCUUGGCAUUGCAGUGGUGAACGGCGGAAGCCGCAUUCUCGUCACGCUGGACGAAGGCAUCAAAUCCUUGCACUCCGAUGGCUCAUCGCCGUCGAACUUCAGCUACCGGGGUGACACUGGAGGCCUUUGCGAAGGUGAUGGCAAAGUCUUGGCGGUUGAUGGCAGUACUGGCAACAUCUUGUCCUUCGACCCGGUCUGUGACGCUAAUUGUGCAGCCUCACUUAUCUGGAAUUCGACCGGGAGCACCGAAAG